AUGGCGAGGUCUAAAAAUGGCAUAUCAUGCUGUCAAAGAAAGUAUGCCUUAGACAUACUUCAAGACACUGGAAUUCUCGGUGCUAAGCUUGUUGCCUUACCAAUGGAGUCGAAUCUUAAACUUACUGCAACAGAUUCUGAUCUCUAUGAAGAUCCUUUAGCUUAUAGAUGGAUGGUUAGAAGAUUAUUAUACCUAACAAUCAUUAGACCUGACCUUGCAUAUUCAGUUCAAGUUUUGAGUCAAUUCCUUGCCAAACCAUUUGUUACUCAUUACCAAGCAGCUAUUAGAGUACUCAGAUAUAUAAAUGCUACACCUGAACAAGGUAUAUUCUUCUCCUCUUCAUCAGAAUUGCAACUCAAGGCCUUCUCAGACAGUGACUGGGCAGGGUGUGUUGAUACUAGAAGGAGUGUAACAGGUUUUGCUAUUUUCCUAGGCAACUCAUUGAUCUCAAGGAAAAGUAAAAAGCAGGCUACCAUUAGCAGAUCUUCUGUAGAAGCAAAAUACAAAGCCCUUGCUUCAACAACAUGUGAGAUCUAG